AUGACGGAACGUUAUCGGACCGUCUACAGUCAGCUCUAAACUGCACCAUGUCGUGGUGUGAGCAGGAAGGGCUGACAAUAAACCCCAACAAAACCGUGAUAAUCCCGUUUACUAACAGGAGGAAACACGACCUUAGGCCGCCUACCUUGAAAGGAACCCAAAUGACCUUCAGUUCUGAGGUCAAAUAUUUAGGAGUAAUCCUUGACAAAAAGCUGAACUGGAAUGCACAUCUGGACUAUGCGGUAAAGAAGGCAACUACUGCUAUCUGGGCGUGCAACAAAAUGCUCGGCAAAACCUGGGGCCUUAAACCAAAACUUGCAUUCUGGUCUUACACCACCAUCGCUCGACCUAGGGUAACCUAUGCGUCGACCGUUUGGUGGCCGAAGACUGAACAGAAGACAUGUCAGUCGAAGCUGACCAAGCUCCAACGACUGGCAUGUCUCUCUGUAACGAGUGCAAUGAAAACAACCCCUACCGCGGCCAUGGAAGCCAUGCUAUGCAUUCUGCCUUUACAUUUACAUGUGAAGCAGGAGGCAGCGCUUGGCGCUCUACGACUACAACGGUGUAACAACUGGGUGGAAGGAGAUGGAACGGGUCACUCGCGGAUCGUGAAGGCUUUUGACAUUUCCCCCCUUGCAACUUCAGUCUCGGACUGCAUGGAGGUGAUUGAAACAAAUCGCCAAAUGUGGAGUAAUGGAGGACCUACACUUCCAGAAGGAACUAUUCGUUUCUUUACGGAUGGUUCAAAAAUGGGCACUUCUACUGGAGCUGGAGUCUUCGGUCCUCGAACCAGGGAAACCAUAUCUAUGGGAAAGUGGCCUACCGUUUUUCAAGCAGAAGUGUAUGCCAUACACAUCUGUGCGAGGACGUGUAUUAUGAGAAAUUAUAGACACGCAAAAAUCGGUAUUUUCUCGGAUAGCCAAGCUGCACUAUUGGCAUUAAAAUCCUCUAAAUGCGAAUCCAAACUUGUUUGGGAGUGCGUCGCUUCCCUCAGGGAACUUGCUUCUCGGCAUAACAGAGUCAUGUUGUUUUGGGUCCCAGGGCACUGCGGCAUUGAAGGCAACGAAAUGGCUGAUGAACUUGCCAGACAAGGCUCAUCAAACAUCUUCGUGGGUCCCGAGCCGUUCCUUGGAAUCUCAAAAAGUGCCGUAAAGCAAGAAAUAACUAAUUGGGGACAAUCGCAAAUCGCUUCAAUCUGGGGCGAGAUGCGAGGAUUGAGACAAGCUAAAACUUUUAUCACUCCAAGUCCUUCAAUUGCCAGGAAACUUCUUGGCUUAAACCGUAGGGAACUACGAAUACUCGCAGGGCUUCUAACAGGACAUUGUCCUGCCAGAUAUCACCUGCACAAAAUCGGCAGGUGGCCUAACAACCUCUGUCGUUUUUGUUUAACUGAGCUGGAAAGCUCGGCACAUUUACUCUGCUUCUGUGGAGCACUUGUGUCUCGAAGGUUGCGGUUCCUUGGAUCGCACCUUCUUACGCCGUACGAUGUAUGGCACCACACCCAUCCCAAGAAGGUCAUACAGUUCAUCGACUGUAUUGCGCCGAAUUGGGAUAAACCAUGUCUGCAAAAUAACCCCUCGUCUUCCGAUCCAAUGGAUACGAGUAAUUUGUAGUAUGGACAGUAACCAGGGUACAUCACAAAAGAUAGCCUUCUCAGGUGGUCGCAGUGAACUUAACCCAAUGCCCAUUGGGCAACAAAAAAAAA